GUGCAAAUUAACAGGCGCGUUGGCGAGAGACCAGACAGAGGCUAGAGGGGAUAACGGUCGCCGAACUAUCCUCCAUCCACGUGGCACUCACCUAUUGGUCCACGAAUCGGCACCGCUCAUCCAUUCUCUCUCUCUCACCUCUUCGCUCGCCGCCGGCCACCGUCAUGGCCGCCGCCGCCGCAGCAGCAGCAGCAGCCGGAGGCCUCCUGCACCUGGGGGCUUCUCGCGUGCCGUCGCGGCGGCCCUCCGCUGGCGCUGCGCCUCGCCUUCGUGGGGCCUCGUGCGCGCGGGGCCGCCAGCCUCGGCGGCGGGCGCCGCCGCCGCUCGCGGUGGCGGCCGCGGAGGAGGCGUACACGGGCGCCGAAACGGAGCUCCUCGAUGCUCUCGCCGGGGUCCAGGGCCGCGGGCGAGGCGUCGCGCCGCGCCAGCUCGAGGAGGUGGAGAGCGCUGUUCAGGCUCUGGAAGCACUGGGAGGUUUGCCCGAUCCGACCAACUCAAGUCUAAUUGAAGGUAGUUGGCAGCUCAUAUUUACUACAAGACCAGGGUCGGCAUCCCCCAUUCAGAGAACAUUUGUUGGAGUUGACUCUUUCAAGAUCUUUCAGGAAGUAUACCUUAGAACAGAUGAUCCCAGGGUGAUUAAUGUAGUGAAGUUUUCAGAAUCAAUUGGUGAACUGAAAGUAGAGGCAGAAGCAACUAUUGAAGACGGAAAGCGCAUUCUUUUUCGUUUUGACCGAGCAGCAUUCAACUUCAAGUUUUUGCCAUUUAAGGUUCCAUACCCAGUGCCAUUCAAGCUUCUUGGAGAUGAGGCAAAGGGUUGGCUUGACACUACGUACUUGUCUCAAACUGGGAAUAUACGUAUUUCAAGGGGAAACAAGGGAACCACAUUUGUUCUCCAGAAAAGUGCAGACCAACGGCAAUUGCUGUUGUCAGCUAUAUCUGCAGGAACAGGAGUAAAAGAGGCUAUAGAUGAUCUCACUUCAAGCAGACAAGGAAUUGAAGCUGAUCUGAACACUCUAGCGGGAGAAUGGCAGCUAUUAUGGUCCUCAAAGACUGAAGAUGAAAGCUGGUCAUUUGUUGCAUCUGCUGGUCUGAAGGGUGUCCAGAUCAUAAAAGAAGAUGGGCAAUUGAAGAAUUUGGUAAGACCCUUUCCAGGUGUCAGCCUCAAUGCAAGUGGCAACAUAUGUAAAAAUGAGGAUGGCAAUAACUUUAACUUGUCCAUAAAUAAAGGAGCUAUUCAAGCUGGUGGGUUACAGUUUCCCUUGGAUGCUCGAGGAGAAUUUGCCAUGGAAAUAUUGUAUAUUGACAAUAAGAUAAGGAUAUCUAAUAUUAACCAACACAAGCUUGUCCAUGUACGCAUUGCAAAUAGAACAUAAAACUAAAAUGUAGGGAUCUAUGAAGAAAUCGCUUGACUUCAUCACUGAGAAUCUUUGGAGACUUCAUCACUGAGAAUCUUUGGAUUCAAUGAUCAGAUGAUGUACACGUUGUAGUUGACCGCUACCAGUACAAUAGUAAGAUUCCUGUAAUUAUAGAUUCGCAUGAGGUUUGCAGAUGCUCAAUCCUUUUCUCCAAUGAUACAACAUUACACAUGUUUUGGUGAUAGACCAUGAUAAUACAUAUUAUAAGAAUAAGGUUCUGCAUUUCUGAUUUUGGAAA